UAACGGAGAGCGUUUAUUGCUCUUCGCCACUAGUAAUGAGCGCUAAUUACACCCGGGGGGGAUAAAAGCCAGGGCAGGCGGCGAGGCCCUUUAAAAUCAGGCUCCCCCGCCGGGCAUGGAGCGUUUCGUCUAUCCGCCCUACAGCGUUUAUCAAAGCUAUGGGGGCACCUUUACCCCCAGCCACAACGUAGCUACGAGGCUACCGUCCAAGCAGAAGCAGCCGAACUGGAAACAAAGCAAGACCGGCGGCAUUUCCAAUCCCUACAGAGGGGUGCUGUCUGCCCCUUCCUCGGCUCCCCCGGCGUCUUCGCCGGAUUAUUUAGACACGUACAAGCGGGCGCAGCUGAAGGCGCUGCUCUCGCACGUCAGCCCGGGCCUCACCCCGCGGCUCCGCAAAGCCAACACCAAAGAAGUGGGCAUUCAGGUGAACCCGCGGGUGGACGCGGCUGUGCAGUGCUCGCUUGGAUCCCGGCCGCUGCAAGCCGUCCGACCUCAAAGCCCCUCGGGCCGGCUCAGCCGGGAGCGGCCGCUCCCGGGCGUCUACUCGCCAGUGCUCGGUCGCCGCCUUUUCACCUUGCCCGAAGCGGCGGUGGAGCCGAAGGAGCCUGCCGAAGGGUCGGACUCGCCACAGCUCACUGAGGAGCCCGAGGCGAAGAGGGUGACCCUAGAGAAGGGGGACCGCGGCCCCGAAGAGAAGGCUGCGCCUGAGAAUGGGCUGCCGGAGGACGCUGCCGCAGGCUUUGCCCAGCAGCAGGUCGGAAAAGGAGGCGAGGCUGGAGAAGGCGGGGGCUGCGCCGCUGAAGAGGGCAAAAGAACCACCUUCCAGUUCUUAGAACAGAAAUAUGGCUAUUUCCAUUGCAAUGACUGCAAGACCAGAUGGGAAAGUGCCUAUGUAUGGUGCAUUUCUGGAACCAAUAAGGUAUACUUUAAGCAGCUUUGUCGCAAGUGCCAGAAGAGCUUUAAUCCCUAUAAAGUGGAAGCAAUUCAGUGCCAUAUCUGUUCGAAGUCUCGUUGCUCCUGCCCCCAGAAAAAAAGGCACAUUGACCUUAAGAGACCCCACCGGCAAGAGCUAUGUGGCCGCUGUAAAGGCAAAAGAUUGUCCUGUGACAACACCUACAGCUUCAAAUACAUUGUUUGAUCUGUACAGUUUGUGUGCUGAGGUUGCAUUUAGCACUAUGCACUUUGUUUCAUGACAUGGAUUUGACUUUAGGAUUCUGACCUGGCAAUGGAUAAUGGACUAAAGAUGUUUGUAAUGCUAAGAUAUAUUUGUAAUUUAUCACUGUACUGCCUAAUUAAUAAAACUUAAAUUCUAAUUUAAUUGUAUUCCUCUUGAUGAGCAUUAAAGAGACAGUAAAGCUGAUACUGUAACUAGAAAAAGGUGGAAAACUUAGAGGGAUUUUUACAUAGAUUAAAUCUUACAAACAAUAUGAUCUUUCUGCCAUCUUUUUGUAGCGAUACAUUUUCAGGAUGUUGGAUACAACUG